UAGAUCACCAAAAUUCUAACAACGGUUGCAUGAGUGUUCUGGUUGCAGCCUCACCAGUUUGCCAGUUGUUGCAGAGACAAGGAAAUCUGACUCCGAUGUGAUAGUGGCUCUCAAAGGUUUCAAAGGCAACUUUGGACAACACCUGUAUGAAGCUGGAGUAGAAGGCAAGUGGUCCAAAACUAUGAGAGCUUGGGCGCACUACUUGUCACAAGACCAUGCUGAAGAGACUGAGGACCCAUCGAAGCAUUUAGAUGCCAACAUUCUGGUGCGAGUUGAUUCCCGUGAAAAGAAACUAAUUGAAUCCCAGUUGCAUAGUCAGGCUUCAGAAAACUUCUGGCGCUGGAGGGAACUGAGCAAGGUCAUCAGUUUUUACUUGGUUUCCAACCUGGCACUAGAAGAACAGAGAAAACAACAGCAUGGGAACUGACUAGAUAGAUAGAUAGAUAGAUUGAUAGACAGACAGACAGACAGAUAGAUAGAUGUACUAUCACCAGAGCAAGAUCCAGAUGCUUGGGUCUUUUCAAUAAGGCUUCUUUUUUGCUGGCUCAACUUCAUAAUAAUGACUCAUUCUUCUUUUUGAACACUGUUUUCUUUCCACAAUGGCUGCUCUAGAUCCUGCCAGAAGCUGAGGAGUGCCUACGGAAACGCAUGGAAAUCCCAUUUUGUGUGGAGACUUUACGUGUGGGCGACGUUAUUCUUGGUAGCUUUCCCUAUGAAAUUUACAUAGAAAGGAAGGCCGUCUGUGAUCUGGUAUCUUCAGUGUUCGACUGUCGGCUUGUCAAUCAAAUUGGCAACCAAUUGCAUCACACAGAGUACUGCAGGCUUCAAUCACUUGUCAUUGUGGAGGGUGACUUCUCGGAGCUUAACCAGCCUAUGCCCCAUUUGAGACAUUUGAAAAAAUUAUCCUACGAAGGACUGAGGAAUUUGGCCUUGGCAACUAUGGUCAGGCUUUCUCUUCGUGAUCAGCUGCCAGUACUACGCUCUGAUAACUUGCAAGGAACAGCCGAGCUGAUCAAUGUCAUCUCGCUGGAGUACCCAAAGUUACUGAAGAUGAGACCGUUGCAGUAUGGCUCCCGCAAGGAAAGGCCAUUUCGAUCUCGGCGUGGUGAAAACCCGAAGGAGACCUUAGCCAGUCAGUUGCGCUGUGUGCGCGGAGUAUCAGAACAAGCGGGAAGACGCCUCGCGAGAAAUCAUGACCACGUGCAAUCCUUUCUUUCAGCGAUGCUAGCAUCAGCAGACCCUGUGCAAUGGCUCGUGGACAAGGCAAACAUCGGGAAGAAUUCUUCUCCCUUGAGGAGGCCCACGGCAGUCCGUCUCGCAGAGACACUGGCAGGGAAGGACACUCUGCAGCGGGAAAACUUCACCUCCUCCCUUGAAGCCAUUCAAGGCAUAUCCCGCACCUCUGCGACUGCUUUAGUUGGCCAUUUUAGCACCAGGGAGAACAUGCAGCAGUUCCUAGAAGGACAGCAGGAUCCUGUUGGGGCCCUAUCAGAGCUUUUCCCGCGGCUUUCACGGCCAGCAAAGGUAAGUUUAGUGGAGGAGCUUGCUGGCAAGGAGGCGCUGGCUUUCGAGGAAUACAGACAACGUAUUGCUUCAUUGAAUGGCAUCUCAGAAGCCAGUGCAGCCAAGAUCUCGGAGCAAUAUCCAGAUGCCACCUCACUUUGCAAGGCCUUGAUCUCUGAGUUGGAUCCUGUUUUUGGAGCCAUGAAGCUAGCAAAACUCAAUACCACAGGUGCAUUGAACUUGGUCACUGAAUUUCUUGAUGGUAGCGCUUUGACCUACGUGGCACUGGUCAACGACAUUGCCAAGGUCGGCAUCAGCAGCAAGAAGGCCUUGCUCCUGGCAAACAAGUUUCGUUCAAGAAGGAAACUCUGUGAAGCGUUGAAGCAGGAUCUUAGUGACAAGAGCCAACGGAGCCAACGCAGCCAACGGGGCCGAAUGCGCAAAGUGGAAAGUGGGGAGCGAAGCAGAUUGACUAAAGUGCAAAUGCAGCGCUUGCUCGAGAGCUUAGACAAAAGAGGCAUUGUUGAGCGUGAGAAUGUCAAAUACCCCAGCUCUAUUCUAGAAUUGCAACUAUGCAGCUGGAACCAUAGAGAACAGCUGUAA